CAUAUGUGUAGCCGUCAUAGCGCACGUUAGUCAGGAGUUCAUACACUACGCCGCGUUGUAUCAAUCACCCUGACCUGGCAUUUCAUCAAACACGCCACGCGCACAAAUCAACGCGUAAAACCCACCGCUUCCUCUUCCUUCUCCAAACUUCAAACUUUCCACGUUGAAACACAAUUGAAAACUUCAACUCAAAGAAUAAUUGAAUAAACAAAGACUUACCCAUUAUUCUAUCUUCAUCAUUUUCAACUACCCAAUCUUCAAAAUCUGAUUUUUCAAUCUUGAUCAAUUUUCCACUUUCUUUGUUGUUUGAUUUUGCAAUGGAAGCUAAAAACCCAACAAGAUUCAAGCUAGGGAAACAGUCAUCGUUAGCACCAGAACGAAAUAGGGAAGAAGAUGAACUUCAACAUGAUGCUGAUGUUGCUGCUACUAUUGAUCCUGGUGUUAGGUUGAUGUAUUCAGCUAAUGAAGGUGAUAUUGAUGGAAUUCGUGAGGUUCUUGAAUCAGGUGUGAGUGUUAAUUUUAGAGAUGUUGAUGGACGUACUGCUCUUCAUAUUGCUGCUUGUCAGGGAUUGACUCAUGUUGUUGAGUUGUUGCUUGAGAAAGGGGCUGAUCUUGAUCCUAAAGAUCGUUGGGGGAGCACGCCCCUUGCAGAUGCUAUAUUCUAUAAAAACAAUGACGUGAUCAAACUAUUGGAGAAUCAUGGAGCAAAGACUCUGAUGGCCCCUAUGCAUGUUAAUCAUGCACGAGAAGUCCCGGAAUAUGAAAUCAAUCCGAAAGAACUUGAUUUUACUAACAGUGUGGAGAUAACAAAGGGGACUUUCUGUAGUGCGUUGUGGCGUGGGACUGAGGUUGCGGUAAAAAAGCUCGGGGAGGAUGUGAUUAGUGAUGAGGAGAAAGUGAACGCUUUCAGAGAUGAGCUUGCUCUCUUCCAGAAGAUUCGGCAUCCAAAUGUAGUCCAAUUUCUUGGUGCUGUGACACAGAGUAGUCCAAUGAUGAUUGUGACAGAAUAUCUUCCCAAGGGAGAUCUUCGUGACUUCAUGAAAAGAAAAGGAGCUUUGAAACCAAGUACGGCUGUGAGAUUUGCACUUGAUAUUGCUAGGGGAGUGGGUUAUUUGCAUGAAAAUAAACCAUCACCCAUUAUUCAUCGUGAUCUUGAGCCUUCUAAUAUAUUGCGGGAUGAUUCUGGGCACCUAAAAGUUGCAGACUUUGGGGUUAGCAAGUUGCUAGCAGUUAAAGAAGACAAGCCUCUAACUUGCCAAGAUACUUCUUGCCGCUACGUGGCUCCUGAGGUUUUUAAACAAGAAGAAUACGGCACUAAAGUGGAUGUGUUCUCAUUUGCAUUAAUUCUACAAGAGAUGAUUGAAGGCUGCCUCCCUUUUUCUGCAAAGCGCGAUGAUGAGGUUCCUAAAGUAUAUGCUUCAAAAGAGAGGCCGCCCUUCCACGCUCCUUCCAAGCGUUAUUCUCAUGGAAUUCGAGAGUUGAUUGAAGAAUGCUGGAAUGAGAAUCCAGCAAAGAGGCCAACAUUCAGGCAAAUAAUAACAAGGUUGGAGUCCAUCUACAAUACAAUCGGUCAAAAAAGACGUUGGAAGGUUAGACCAUUGAGGUGUUUUCAGAAUCUGGAAGCCUUGAUUAAGAGAGAUCGUUCGAAAUUAAGUAGUCGGGGCAGUUCAUCUCGCUCAAGUACUAGCCAUUUAUGAUGGAUGAAGAUUGGUGUUAUUCUGUAUAACUUCAAUAUUGCGUAAAGAUAAAGAUACAAAUCAAAUUUCAUUUCACUUGUUGAGUAGGAGCAUUGCAGAACUUUUUCUCAUGUGUAUUACCAGAUUCAUGAUUGUAAUUUUUAGAUUCCAACCAAGAUUCUUCUACAAGGGUUUGUUUCCAACAACAAGAUAUCUGGCCAUAGAAUUGCUUGUAACAAAAUAACGUAUUCUAGGAAUUUGCUCUAUAUGUACAUUAUGCAUGUAUUACUCAACAAGGCAUUUUUUGUAUAAACAUGCUGUAGGAAUUUUCAUCAGAUUUGUAUUUGAAUACAAAUUAGAACCGUUCAAGAGUGAUAUUAUGGAUUCUAACACGUAAUAUCCUUAUGCUGCUGGGUCAGUUUGGAUUUGAACGGUCCUAAUUUAUACUCAGAAAAUUUCCUUAUUGAGUAAUUUAUGAGAAUAUUCAUUUGAAACGAAAUUAGGGCAAGAGCCUGCUCAUGUCCCAAA